UGUGCUCAGCAAUUCGAUGACUACUGGAUUUUGCUACUUGAAAAUAUGAAGAGAUCUUAAAUCGAAAACAAAAUGCAAUAGGCAACCUCUUGUACAAUGAAUAUUUUGUAACUCAAACCUCUCGGCUGGAUAUGUAAAAUUAUAGGCAAUAUCGAAAACCGUAACCUUCCCUUUUGGCUUUUAAAUUCUAAAUCUUACCGAGUAAGUGUGAUCACAAACGUGGAGCAACACGGUGAAAUAAGAUUGAAGGAAUGGAAGAAAACGAAGACGAACCUGAGGACGUACGCAAGGCAACUCCGGUAGAGGAUGAAAUUGUGAAAGGUGAAAAGGAUGAGAAGGCUAAAGAGGAUGGGCCUAAUGUCAAGAAACGGGCAAAGGCUCGUUGUGAUAAAAAUUUGAAGAAAAAGAGCAAGGCUGAUGGCAACACUGAAAAAUCCGAUGCUGACUGCUGCCGUGGUAGACGAGGAGAAUUGUCGAAAGCGCCAAAAACGACGACCGUUUUGGUUUAUGAAAAACCGUGUACUUUACCUAAAUUGGAAAUUAUACCGAGACACUGUCUGUCGAAGAAAGAAUACAUUGACCUCUUGGCGACUCCUAGUCGAAAAUGCCCGCCGCCAUGUUUGCGAAAACCGGUUGUCAGAAAAAUUCGGCCAAUUUCAGCACGCAUCAAUGAACUAUCUUUGCCGACGAGACAACGAAUUACGGCGACGCUUGAGGAACGUGGUUCCACGCUUCCGCCGGAAUUCGUGGACAACUUGAUUAAGGUCCUCGAAGGGGAAGCCUGCAUGACACCUGAGCAAGCUUCGAGAUACUUGCGGGAUAAGAAGAAACGUGGGAACAAGAAACAGAAAAAGGAUCCGAGGUACAAGUGUAAGGAAAAAUUGAAAAAGAAAAGGUCACAACGCGUGAACUCUUUGGGUCUUGACGAGGAAGCUGUGAAGUGUCAAUAUUUAAUGGCUGAACGCUUCGUGAAGAGCAUAUUGGAGUGGAAAUGCGCUAUACCGAAGGAAGAGUUCAAGGAUAUUGCUGAUGUAAUUCUUAGACGACUCAGUUAUACUUUAAACUACACGCCCGUGCAGGAGGAGGACCGGAAGUCCCAGCAAAUGCGACUGCUUGCGGAUAUGGUCGCUUCUUGGAUCUCUGGUGUGUUGUUUGAAGUGGCUGAAGUGCACAAGAAAGAAUUGGAGGAAGAGUGUGAGAGGAGACGCAGAGAGAAGGAAAUGGAAACUGAUGAGUCUGAGGAAGAAGAGGACGAAGAUGAAGAUGAAGAGGAGGACGAGGAGGAGGAUGAUGAGGAGGAAGAGGAGGAAGAGGAAGAAGUGAUUACCGAGAAGGAGGAAGAGAAAAAGAAACCUAAGAAAGACAAGAAGAAGACAAAGGAAGAUAAAAAGAAAGGUAAAGGGAAGAAGGGGGAUAAACCAGGGAGAGAGAAGAGCGCCGAGAAAGAUGUUCGUGAAACUAAGGACGAAGAAGGGUCUAAAGAGAAAAGCGAGGAAGUGACAGAGACACCGGUUCGAGAAGAAACGGAAGUAAGUGACGCAAUAACGGAAACUGAAGAAGAAUCAAAGAAAACUCCGGAUGAAGAAGUAGCUGUCGAUGAGACGAAACCUUCCGAAGAAGAGACGGCCGAGGCGGAGAAGACACUUAAGGAAGAAGAGGAGGCAAAAGCGGCAGAAUCCGAGCGGAUCAAGGCGGAAGAGGAGGAAGCAAAAUUGAAAAAGGAAGAAGAGGAAGCGGCGGAGAAGAAGAAGCAGGAGGAUUUGGAAGAGGAGAAGAGAAAAGAGGCGGAAGAAGAAGAAGCUAGAAAGAAGAAAGAAGAAGAGGACGAAUUACAGAAAAUAAAACAGGAGAAAGAAGAGGCAGAGAAGAGGAAGCAGGAGGAAGAAGAGGCAGAGAAGAGAAGGCAGGAGGAGGAAGCAGAAAAGCAACAGCAAGAAGCAGAGGCAGAGAGAAAGAAACAAGAGGAAGAAGCAGAGGAGCAAAAGAAGGAGAAAGAGAAGUUGGAACAGCAGAAAAAAGAAGAGGAAGAGGAAUUGGAUAAGAAAAAGCGCGAAGAGGAAAAAGCAAAGGAAGAACAGCUCAAAAGAAAGAAACAAGAGGAAGAAGCAGAGGAGCAAAAGAAGGAGAAAGAGAAGUUGGAACAGCAGAAAAAAGAAGAGGAAGAGGAAUUGGAUAAGAAAAAGCGCGAAGAGGAAAAAGCAAAGGAAGAACAGCUCAAAGCAGAAGAAGAAGCGAAGAAAGCAUCAAAGAUUAAAGAAGAGCAAGAGAAAAAGGAAUUAGAAGAAAAACUUAGGGAUCGUUCACGAGAAACUUCAAUGAACAUGGACGAUAUUAGAAAGAUUUUCAAAACUGAAUUGUCGUUCGUCACGUUUGGUAGAAUUUUCGACGCGGUCAACAAAAUCAUACAAGAAGAAACACAAAGUUCCGGAGACGACCCAAUAGCGAAUCGCAUAAAAUAUGCAAUUUAUGAAAAAUUCACAAAUCUAAUAAAAUCCGAGGAUCCGAAACUCCUGACUGAAAAUUUGAAAGACUGCGUGAAUAUUCUGGCAGGAAAAUUGUCAUCUUGGCUGGCGACGACGAUCACAGACUCCCAGCUGAAUUUCAUGAAGAAGCAUCCAGCUGAAGUGGAAUCGGUAGACAUUCGUAACUGGUCCAGUUGGAUCGACAGCACAACCAGUACAGCUGAUCGGUGGAUCAGCUGGAUACGUAAAACCAUAAGGGAAGCCGAAACUAUGCAGGACAAGAAAGUCACCCGCUCGGAAUGGCACGACUGGACCAAAUCUGUCGAUACGAAUGCUCUUCUCUGGAGAAGAUAUUAUCUUCAAACGCUUCAUCAGGCCGAUAGAAACUUGACAGCUCUUCACGGCAGGAAUAUCGUGAAGACAGGACAGAAAGGAAAACAGAAUCCAAGAGAGAUGGAAAUGAAAGUAACUGACUUGGAAGCUGAUUAAUUAUACGAUAAUCGAAGUUGCUCCUAGAUUGUAUAAAAUUUUUUAAUUACAUUUACAAAAUGGC